CCCCAGCAGUCGCCGCUGUCCCCCGCCAGCGAGCCGGGCGUGAAAAACACCGCACCGCCUUCGAUUUUACCAUAAUCGGACUAAAUUGGCGCAGGCGCGUGGUGAAUAAUUCAUGCUCCACACAGGCUUAGGCACCUGCGUGAGGGAGACAUUAUUAAAAGAGCCGUGUAUCGAACCAUGUAAUAACCGGGAAAAUAUUUUGGCACCCGGCGAGGCGAAGCGUGGCUCCUGCGGCUCGAAAACGUGGCUUAAUGCGCUGAGACGUCCGCGUGUUUUGCAGAGAUAGCCGUUCCGCUGAUACUCCGACUUAUUUUCGCCGCGCAGACGACACUUUUGCUAUCAGCAGUGUUCUCCGUCAAUUAGAAAUACCUUAUCUGUUCUGAAAAGGGCUACAAAAUCUCAUUUGGACGGCGGGAGAUGACUAGGAGGCGAGGCCGUUGGGGGUUCGCUUAUAGUCUGUCCGCGGGGCAAAGUCGGUGUUCUACCGACCAGAUGGACGGGAUGGUCCGGUGAAACCAUGCCGCUUUCUCAGCUCCGAGGUUUCGGUCAUUUCUGAGGGAGGCAGUGGCAGUGGGGUGACGGAGAGCGCGAGGGAAGGGCCCGGGUGAGCGCCGUACGCCAGGAGGCCGAUGAACAAACAAGAGGAUAAUAUGGCUCCGAUGACGAGGGUCUUGGGACUCGGCCUUCUUUGUGCCGCCAUAGGAACAAUUCCAGGUGCUUUGGCGGCUUCAGGAUUGACAGCUCCAAAUAUGGUAGAAGCGACGGUUGGAGGGACAGUAACUCUGGAGGCCUCCUACUCCAGCACAGCACAGCUGAUAGCUCUGACAUGGAUGAAGAUUGACUCUGCUGGAAAUGACGAGAGGAAAACCACAGUUUACCUCUGGAAUCCUUUAAAAAAAGAAGGCAAUGCGAUGGGUCCUCUGUCAGGGAGGGCUGAGAAGGUCGGACAAGCUUCGCUGCUCAUCAAAGACGUGGAAGAGACCGACGGGGGGAAGUAUUCUAUCACUGUUAUCGUGGAAAACGAGGGGCAAGAAGAGCAAACUAUCAACCUUAAAGUACGAGUUCCGCCCACUGUUGCAGUAGGACCCCAGGACCCAUACCAGGCCAUCUACAAAACAGACGUGUCUCUCAACUGCAUUGUUGCCAAUGCCAAACCGGAAAUUACGUCACUCUAUUGGCUGAAGAACAGGCAACCCGUGGACACCACCAUGAGCGGUCCGAGUGCCAAAUACAAGGACGGCAAUACCGUGUUCCCGUCACUGGUCAUCAGGAACAUCAGCAAGGAGGAUGCCGGGACGUACACAUGCGUGGCCGAUCACGUGACCGGGCCGGUAGAAGAUAGUAUGGUCAUGAAAGUUUCUUAUCCAGCUCAGAUAGUGAACGUGACGUAUCCCAAACGAGUCUACGUCGGUGACAAGGGGGUCAAGUUGUUCUGUGCCGCAGAUGGAAACCCACACGCGGAAGUGACGUGGUCUAAGGAGGGGUCACUUCCGCUGAUUGGGAUGAAAGCACUUCCUGGCAAUAACACCCUGAUAAUCCCCGUGGUGAGGCGUAACGACAGUGGAGAGUACAUCUGUACUGCGAGGAACGGUGUGGGCAGGACAGACUCCAAAAGGAUACGUCUUAAACUUCUAGAAGGAGGAGGCGGUCUGUCCACAGCACUUAUAGUGGGCGGCGUGGCUGCAGCGCUGCUGGUUGUCGCAUGUGUCGCUGUUGUGGUGGUAUGGGUCCGCAGGAAGAGGAGGAAGGACAGGGAGAGAGAAAACAUGUCCAUGUACUACAAGGCUGCUAAGGAAGAGUUCGAGUAUCUCGCCAAGAAGCGGCUAGGAAGGAAACCGCCUGAGAUCAUGAAGAGGACAGGAAAAGAGGAGGUGAUUGAUGUUAAGGAGAGGAGUGACAAAGGUCGGAAAAAGAUGGUACGGGCCAUCUACAGUUACACUCCUCAGGAUGAGGAUGAACUAACCCUGAAGGUUGGUGACGUCAUAGAGGUCAUCCGAGGUGAAAAUGGCGGCUGGUGGUUCGGCUAUCUGAACGGGCAGCUGGGACUGUUCCCGUCCAACUACGUGGAGGUCAUUGACCCUGAAGAUCUAGUUGGCGAAAAUCGCUUCAACGACGACAAGCAACGAGAACAGCGGGACAUGUCUCGCAAGAUCGCGGCGGAGUUCAAAUCUCGCGCGGCCACGGAUAAGAACUUCCCUCUACAAGUUGAGAUUCACGACGAAGGAGGAACGAUAACGAAGAAGUACGACAAGAUAGGCAUGGCGGCGACGCUGAAGUUGGAGGAAAAGAAGCACACUUUGGCUAAGCAAGUCGCGAAACACAGUGUAUAGACUAUAGUGCAGUAGCUUAGUCAGCCGCCAUCUUGGUCGCAAAGAUCUGUGGGAACAAGAACGAGCCAUAUUGGACCCUAAACGAAAAAGUACAGUAAAACAAUUUAAGCACAAGUAUUUAAAACGGACCAAUCAGAUGACGUUGAUUGGAUGUUAUUGUUAAACUUGACAUAUGCAUCCAAGUUUUUAAUAGGAGUAUACAGAGCUGUUCAUCAGCUGUUUUCUUACGUUUUAGAUACGACAGAAAUAUUACAAACUGUCAGUGUAGUGACGCAGUAAUAGGUAACAUCGCAAGGACAAUCGAAAACUUUGAAUACAAGCCUCAGUAUUACAUACACUGGGCAGUUAGAACCGUUAAGGUAUAAGACUACACCCACUUGAGUGCAGACUUGUGACGUAUACAGUAGGUUGUCAAUCAUCGGUUGACUUUCCCUGGGGGCCAGCCGGGAUCGGGCAGCUAGGACAGUUUAUUCGGUGGCCCAAGACAGUCAGGCCCGCCCGAUCUCCUAUUAGCGCCCCGGGGAGUUUAAGCCUGAUAAGUUCCACCUGUCCCUUUAAAAGGAUAGCGAUAACUUCUUCAGGCUUAAACUACCCGGGGCGCUAAUGUGAGAUCGGCGGGCUGACUGCCAUGGCUCCCCGAACAAAACUCGCUAGCUACCCGGUCCUGUCUGGCUCCCAGGGAAUGGUUGACUAGACGGCAGACGUUUUGCCAAUAGUUCACGCUGGCUGAGCCAGUAUCUUAUACAGACAGCAACAAUUUCUACACGAGUACAUGGUUUGUGUUGUUAUAAUUGUGGGUUGGAUUCUGAAAUGUAAUACCCAAGAACGCAGCUUACGUAGACGGUGGCAUACGUAAGGAUAAUAUUUAUAUUUGAUGUUCAAUUAUUCUUUGGUGCCUGUGUUUAUACGAUAGAAUCGUUAUAUGUAAUCAUACCACUAAAUGUUUGUGUUUCUGAUCAUCGGUUGUUGAGCAAGAUAAGCGAUGUGUUUUCUAUACGUAGAAAAGAUAACAGAGGCUUAUAUUCAUUAGAUACUAAAGUAGUUAUGAACGAAAUGUUUGGACAAAACAACAUCUAUUUCUUAUCCAUAACAAAUGGUUCUAGAUGAUUCGGGUCAGAUGUUAUGAACCAGCACAUAAAAGUUGAGUUGUCUGACUGCGAUUCGGACAUUUGAUACUAAGGCGCUUCAGACCUAUUACAAUUCUAUUCUUGAAAAAAUACUUCAAGCAUUUAUGGAUAGAAUGGUUACCCAGUUAACGUGGCCAGUUUGGUGACGUCAUUUUGAGCUGCUGAUGUUGUCCAAGUGGACAUUUGAUUUGAACUCUUUACGAAUGCAUUUGACGAUGUAUACACUUUAACUGUAUUAUCAUUUGUUGCCCACCAAGAGUUAGCAUGGAUUAAUCAAAUUGUUCUAUGUUCAUUUAUCUUGUUUUGGUUUGUUUUGUUUUGGAAAGUGGUUUAACGUUACCAAUCCUGUACGUGUCACACGGGUGACAUGCUAUUGGUUUGAAAUAGCGAUGCCUAUAGGUGACUCAUUGCAAAUGCCAGUGAAGACAGUGCGUCUCUCAAGCAGAUUGAAAGCUUUAGUUUUAAUGCCAUCUAAUAUAUACUCCAAGUAGGGACUAAAAUGUCACAGUUAACAUAUCAAGCGUUGGCAAAUCAUAGAAAUGCUGAAACGUGUGAUAAAACUACAACUGCUUGCUUAGUGCCAUCUAGCGACGACAGCUAUAAACACAGCAAUGGCUUUUUGUCUUCGGAUGCUUUACUUAUUUGUCUCAAGUGAUCCGGAUUGUAAAACUAUGAUAUUUCUUACUGGUUUGUUUCUGUUUUGCGUGGCUAUCUUGAGGACGUAGAAUAGAGAACUGUGAUGUACAGAGUUUUGCUCCGUGGUUAACAAAAAACAAUUAUAACACACGUUGUAUAAAA